AUGAAAAGUGUGGUGCCCCAAGGACAAAAGAACAAGAAAGAGAAGCGAGACGGUCAGGCCGCAAGCGACGGCGCCCAGCUGGGCCACCUGUUCAAAGCUGGUGAAGCGCCGAGGGCGGCGGCACAGGAAGCGGGCCCACUGCGGUCAGCGGUGCCCAGCUGGGUCAAGAGCACCAGCGCUGCGGCCGCUGUCAGCGCCACCAGCAGCCACCGCACCCAGGUCCCAGCCCGCGUGGCGUGCACGCCCCUCCCCGUGCCAGGCGCGCACCUCGGCUGCAGAGAAGUACCGGGCAAACAGCAACAGGCUCCUCUCAGUUUUGAUAAAUGA